AUGAUCAGUGUCAAUCUUAUGAAAGGGAUAGACGCCAUCUUUGGGUCUCCAAGCCCGAAAAUCAUCCAGCUCGAAAAUGGCACGAUGCAGAGGACCAUCACUUGGCUGGAUGUUCUGAAUGCAGACAGAUCCAAGAUCGAAUUCAAGGAAGCCGAAGGCUACCAUUAUUAUCUGCGUGACUUCAACGCAACUGCGGAGCUGUCAGACUUCCAGCAUAAUAUGAUGAUUUCCGGCCUACCACAGAAAUUGAUUCAACCUUGGUACUACAAGAGAGAUGUCCAAACCGAGUUAUAUACAAUGUCGUUCACUGCCGAGAUGGUUGCAAUUUCGAACCGGCUUGCAUCAAAAGUGAUUGAAAUCAACAAUAAGAUAAUUGGAAAGGCUAACCAGAGAACUCGAGCGCUUCAAGAUAUUUUGGACAAAUGGAAAGAAUCAACACAAUCGAAUACAUAUCCAUCAAGCUUGGUUUUGGAGCAGACCCAGCAUGAUCAAGGUUUAGGCUGCCAACCGGGGCCCCUGAUGGAGCAUCCCUAUCCACAAACAGAGGAUUUCAACCAUACCUGUCUGCAUGAUAAUCCUAGCGAGGAGAGCGGAAACCGCAGAGAAUCCCUUGAGGAGGCGAGCAAUGAAUGUGACAAGACCUGUUUUGAUCCGCAAAAUAGCCUCCCAGAACUACGGCCGAAUAUCGUGAGCCCAUUCAACGACAGGGAGAAGCUGGCUGAACAUGAGCCAAUGACCAGGCAUGAGUCAAUGACCAUGAGGCCUACACCUCUGAAUCCGGGGGCUGAAGCCAUGGAAGGCCAGAGCAAUGCUGGCAUAGGACGCUACGGUACAAGAGGAAGUACCGAUCUACGGGACAGAAAUGAUGAACGCGUGUCAGUGCCGACAGACCCAGUCAACAACACAGGUCUCACUUUUCAUGGUAACACUGUGACCGAAAAUCGUCAACCACAAACCGUAUCUCGAGAUUCUCCAAAGACGUUCUCAAGCCCUUACCCCACAGAGACAGCGAAACAUAGCGAAGAAGCCGUUUGCCAAGGGCCAGGCAGGCCCAAUCUGCCGGGUGGAGUCCCAUCUUCUGCAACACAUCAAUUGGAUACUUCGACCACUUCUACGCAUAGCAAAAGAAAAGGCGUGUCAACCCACAAAUCACAUAUAGAGGUCCAAAUUAUAAAUAAACCUCAACUAAGUAAGUGA